AUGGAGAAUGAUGAUCUGGAUCAGAUACCGCCCUUCAAUAUCGAGGUCUUUCGCUCCAAUCCUUUCUUGAUGGCAUUUCUUGGAGAACUUGAAGGUCCCGUGGAUAGCUUUAGAAGGAUGCUCUAUUUCGACGGUGCCGGUUCAUACUUGAUACCGCGUCAUGAUGCUCACGCGCAGUCAGCUUCGCAGAACAUAGCCGAAAUCAUCGACCGUUGGUUCAUAGAAAAAUUAUCUCAAAACGAUGUAUCGAUGAUGCCCAUAUUAGAAGAAUCCCCACAAUCUGCCAUCGAUGGAAUCCUGUCCAAGCUGAGAGAUUCAUUUGUGCUCAGGGGCCUAUCAAAUGUGUUGAUUAGCAUUAGAGCCGGUCACGUCUAUUCGCUUCAUAUGAAUGGCGAUGAAAUCGAGCUUCCUCAGAAUUACGAGUCAUUCGUCAAAACGUUCCCGUUGUUUGUGAACGUCUCCGUCGACGUGAAAAAUGCACGCCACAGCAGCCACAACACGUGCAAAAUCCUUGUGGUCGCCGAGCGGGUAACCGAGCUCGGUGAAGUCUCAUUCCAAUUGGGUGAGGUUAUGACUUCAUUAAACGUCACGGGCAAUAGUGCCAAUUAA